AUGAUAGCCGCACAGGCAAAGUUGGUGUAUCACCUAAACAAAUAUUACAACGAGAAAUGUCAGUCUCGAAAGGCGGCCAUCUCCAAGACCAUCCGGGAGGUGUGCAAGGUGGUUUCGGAUGUCCUGAAGGAGGUGGAGGUGCAGGAGCCCCGCUUCAUCAGCUCCCUCAGCGAGAUGGAUAAUCGUUUCGAGGGACUGGAGGUCAUUUCACCCACCGAGUUCGAGGUCGUACUCUAUCUGAAUCAGAUGGGAGUAUUCAACUUCGUAGAUGACGGCUCUCUUCCAGGCUGCGCGGUGCUCAAGCUCAGCGACGGCCGCAAAAGAAGCAUGUCUCUCUGGGUGGAAUUCAUCACCGCCUCCGGUUACCUCUCAGCGCGCAAAAUCCGCUCCAGAUUUCAGACACUGGUGGCGCAAGCCGUAGACAAAUGCAGCUACAGAGAUGUUGUCAAAAUGGUCGCUGACACCAGUGAGGUGAAGCUGCGCAUCAGAGACAGAUACGUGGUGCAGAUCACGCCGGCGUUCAAGUGCACCGGCAUCUGGCCGCGCAGCGCGGCGCACUGGCCUCUGCCUCACAUCCCGUGGCCCGGCCCCAACCGGGUGGCAGAAGUCAAAGCGGAGGGCUUCAACCUUUUAUCCAAAGAGUGUUACUCCCUGAACGGCAAGCAGAGCUCGGCAGAGAGCGACGCCUGGGUCCUGCAGUUUGCCGAGGCCGAGAACCGGCUCCUGCUGGGCGGGUGCAGGAAGAAGUGCCUGUCCGUGCUCAAAGCGCUGCGAGACCGUCACCUGGAGCUGCCCGGACAGCCCCUCAACAACUACCACAUGAAAACUUUGGUUUCCUACGAGUGUGAGAAACACCCACGGGAGUCGGACUGGGAUGAGAACUGCCUGGGCGACCGCCUGAACGGGAUUCUAUUGCAGCUCAUUUCGUGCUUGCAGUGCAGGAGGUGCCCGCAUUAUUUCCUGCCCAAUUUAGACCUGUUUCAAGGAAAACCUCACUCUGCUCUAGAAAACGCAGCCAAACAGACUUGGCGACUGGCGAGAGAAAUACUGACCAACCCCAAAAGCUUGGAGAAACUCUGA